ACCAUGAAGCCCAAGAGCCCCAAGACCUUCAAACCAAAGCUUCUCCUCCUCGGCUUCGGCCUUGCAUUCCUACUCCUCCUCCUCUUCCUCCUGCUAACUGCUGGCCGCUCGUUCUCACCACCUUCACUGACCGCAUCAGCAGCAGCUAACACACCUGCGUGCACAAAGCUUCCACCCUCUCUCGCAAAAACCAUCGUCCACUACACCACCUCCAACAUCACUCCUCAGCAAACCCUCCGAGAGAUCUCCGUCACGGCAAAGGUUCUCGAGAGGAAGUCGCCCUGCAACUUCCUGGUCUUCGGCCUGGGCUACGACAGUCCGAUGUGGAGCGCGCUGAACCACGGCGGCCGCACUAUCUUCCUCGAGGAAGACGAGUCGUGGAUCAAGAGCAUGACCCGGAAGUUCCCGGAGCUGGAGGCGUACCAUGUGAAGUACGAUACGCGGGUGAGCCAGGCGGAUGAGCUGCUGGAGUUAAGGAGGUCGUCGAGUUGCACCACGGCGGCAGCGGCGGACACCAGAUCUUCCGGUUGCCGGCUGGCGCUCACCGAGCUUCCGGAUGUAUUCUACGGAGUGGACUGGGACUUGAUCAUGGUGGACGCGCCGACGGGGUACGUGGCGAAGGCGCCGGGGAGGAUGAGCGCCAUCUACACGGCGGGAAUGGCGGCUCGAGGGAGGAGCGAGGGGGAGACCGAUGUGUUCGUGCAUGAUGUGGAUAGAGCUGUGGAGGACAGGUUCUCCAAGACCUUCUUGUGCGAAGGAUACAUGAAGGAACAGGAGGGAAGGCUGAGGCACUUCACCAUUCCCAGCCACAGAGCCAAUCCAAGCUUCUCAUUCUGCCCCUGAUGGGUUGGAGGAGAAAGCAUAAGCAAUUAUUGUUAUUGUUAUUGUUAUUAUUAUAUUAUUUUUUUUUGUGGGGAAUAAUGGAGUUUAUUAUAUUACAUUCAGGAAAAGGAUUACUAUAUAACUAUGCAUUUUAUGUUACUUAUGUCUGAUGUUUUACGAAUAAAUAUGUUGCAUAUGGUGGAUAUUA